AUGAGUGGUUCUGAGGAGUCUGGAUCAAGCCCAGGAUUGGAGAAUUCAAUUGUCCCGGCUACUAGAAGGUCAAACAUCGAUCUAGAAAAGGGUGGUGAAACUGAAGUGGUGACAUCUGGUGAGUUUCUGCGUUUCGAUGAAGGGAAAAAAGAUCUAUUAGGAGAGAUUGUGGACAGUGAAAAGGAAGCUUAUAAGCUUUAUUAUGAUUAUGCACAUUAUGUUGGAUUCUGCGUUCGAAAGGGAAAGAAUGCAUAUUUUCUUGGGACAAAGAAUAUCAAAGCAAAGGAAUUUCUUUGCUCAAAGGCUGGUUUCAAGGAAGAUGAGCCCGAAGCUACUCGUAGUAAACUUGAAAGUAGAACUGGGUGCAAGGCAAUGGUUAAAUUCCAGGUUGAUGAGAAUGGAAAGUGGAGGGUGUCUCGUUUAGUGUCUGAGCAUAAUCAUGAACUAGCUAAGCCUGAAGAACGACAUUUGCUAAGAUCUGCACAUUCAGUUAUAGCUGCAAAGAUGAGUAGUGUGUUCAGAACAUUACUGGACGUUGGAAUAAAAACAACAAAAGUAAGUGCCUAUCUUUUUGAUGAAGGUACUGGUAUUGAAAAUGUUAAGUUUUCUAAGAAGGAAGGGCAAGAACUUAUCAACUCACGACGGUUGACAGAGGUUGAGCCUGGAGACUCACAAAGCUUGGUAAAUCUCUUUAAAGAAAGAGCUGCACAAGAUACCAUGUUCUUUUGGGAUAUACAGCUUGAUAAAGAGGGUAAACUAACAAACUUCUUUUGGAGGGAUGGUCGGUCAAGGAUAGAUUAUGAUUGUUUUGGUGAUGUUCUGAUCUUCGACAUGACUCACAGAUUGAACAAGUACAUAUGUUCACCAUUUCUAGGGAUUAAUAACCAUGGGCAGAACAUCAUGUUUGGGGCUGCUUUUUUAAUGGAUGAGAUGACAGACUCCUUUGUGUGGCUUUUUAGUACAUUUUUGAAGUCAAUGAAUGACAGGCCACCUAUCACAAUAUUUACAAAUCAAGAUGAAGCAAUGGAUAAGGCAACAUAG